AUGGGACGGGCCACUUUGGCGGAGACAGGUGGCGAAAGGUCCGCAAGCGCCUGGGCCCUGUUUAACUCGUGGGUCGCUCGGGAAGGCCUGACGGUCUCUCGGGCUGCGAAGUUCCGCAUUCGCGGGAAGCGGAUGCUCCGGGAGAAGGCAGCGAUGAAGCUCAAGUGGAACCACCGAAAAAGCAAGGACAUUCGGGAGAAGUUCGCGGCACUCGCUCAGGCGAAGUACGAGGCCAACCGAAAGAAGGCCGAGGCUUACAGAAAGGCCCAGUCGUUCGGCGAUGUUUCGCCGCAAGUCGCUGCCGACGAGGCCGAGGUCGUUCGAAAAGCAGAAGCCGAAGCCCACCUGGAUGCUGACCUUGCCGUUCGGGAAGUGCAGGCGGACACCUGGACCUGGACUUUGGGUCGUUCGCUUCGUGACUUCAAGCCGGUCGGCCGUGGGGCGAGCGGUGAGGUCUUCUUCGCCACCUUCGAAGGCCUUCCGGUUGCAGUGAAGCUGACAAAAGGUCGGGGGCUGCAAGCGGCAGCAACCGGCAUCGACGUUCAGGAGGAGUUCGCCGUUUUGACGGCCCUGGGGCAGCACCCCAACGUCGUUCGAGCUUUCGCCGUUGUCACGAGCUCGCUGGGCCGGCCGGGCUUGGUUCUCGAGAGGGCGUCUGAGAGCCUGCAUGCGAAAGCUCGCAGGCUCAAGGACGAUCGGCCGGCAGGGCCUCGCUGCUGGGACUUUUUUCGCAGUUCGUCCUCGGCCUGUCCUUCGUGCACGGGCGUUCGGUCAUGCAUCUCGAUGUGA